AUGACCUUACCAUCUCCAUUGCCUUUGUCUGAUGAUGACCUCGAUACCCAUGUUCAACAUGAAAGCUCCCCCGGCGUCCUCUCUUCCUCACUCCCCUAUCCGGACACCUCCUCACUGAACGCUCCACCGGGACAGAAGAAAAAAUCUCACGCUCGAAAGCAACCCGCGGGACAUAUACCUCGCCCCCGGAAUGCUUUCAUUCUCUUUAGAUGCGACUUUGUCCGCCAGAAAAAGGUGCCCGACCACGUUGAAGCAAAUCAUCGAAAUAUCUCGCGCAUUGUUGGUUCCGUUUGGAAAAGUAUGAGCGCUAGCCAGAAAGCUCCCUGGAUCGCGAUGGCAGAAAUAGAAAAGAAGAACCACGCUAAGGCGCAUCCGGGAUACAAAUAUCAUCCU